AUGACCAAUCCUCAAGACUCAUCCUCCUCUUCUAUCGAGGAUAUCUCACAUCGUGAAGGCACCGAUACCACCGAUACCUCCCUCAGAUAUGCUGCUUACACCAACCGGUUGCGGACCAUCUUGAUGGCAUCACAUCGGUAUAUUGCCUAUACUUCUGAUAUUGGCGAGUCGUUCCGGCCAGUGGCCCAUCCGUACUUGGUGUCGUUUGGCUACGGGAUUUCGUGGGCGUAUAUCUUGGGAGACGUGGGGUACGAGGGAUGGAAGGCGAAAAUGAGGAAAGAAGGCCGGUACUCUCCAGGAAUGUACCCGUGGUCGAACAAUAUCCCGGCCAAGGAGUCGUUGGUGGCCCAACUGCGGGCUGACCCCAGUUUACCAGACUGGAAAGAAGUGGCAUUAGAACGAGGGAUCUUCCAAUCGGUGGCCAGUAUGGGGUUGCCGGCGUUCACGAUCCAUUCAUCGGUGAAGUAUAGUGCGAAAUACGUUUUCAAUGCUCGGAAUUUCCCCAAGAUGGCGAGAAUGCGGACUUUUGGACCGGUGGCGGUUGGGUUGGCGGUGGUGCCAGUGCUUCCUUAUUUGUUUGAUAAGCCGGUGGAACAUGCGGUUGGGGUUUUAUUUGCAAAGACUAAAGAAACUUUUGGUAGUAAGAAAUUAGAUUAA